AUGGCUGCAUCACACAAGUAUAAAACUUCACCUCCACCACCACGUGUUUUGAGUCCCACUUCAGCACAGAGCAGCCAGAGUGGUUUCAUCCUUCCUUCACCAGUGUCUUUUCAAAAAAACUGCAUGAGUGCUGCUGCCAAGCGUUACAAGUAUCUCCGCCGGCUCAUCAAGUUCCGGCAGAUGGACUUUGAGUUUGCCAUGUGGCAAAUGAUCUAUCUGUUCACAUCACCGCAGAAGGUGUUUCGUGACUUCCAAUAUCGGAAGCAGACCAAAUGGCAAUAUGCUCGUGAUGACCCAGCAUUCCUUGUCCUCUUGCUGGCAUGGAUGCUUGGGUCUGCCAUCAUCUUCUCUUCAUUCCUUCAUUACGGUUUCCUCCAGUUCUUCAAUUUUGUACUGUCACUCAUAUUCCUGGAUUGUGUUGGUCUGGGACUUUUGAUUAGCACUGUGAUGUGGUUUAUCACCAAUCGAUUCUUGCGGAAGCCAAUCUUCCAGGAUCAGGAUGUUGAAUGGGGUUACUCAUUUGAUAUUCACUUGAAUGCUUUCUUUCCCCCUCUGGUCAUCCUACACAUCUUUCAGCUCAUCUUCUAUUACUUGUUUUAUGAUCUCUCAGAUAUGACAAAGUCUUGGUUUUUUGGACUGUUUGUUGGCAACACCCUUUGGCUCAUCUCAAUUGGCUAUUAUAUAUACAUCACUUUCUUGGGCUACAGUUCUCUGCCAUUGCUUCAGAACACAAGUGUAAUGAGUGAAGCCAAGUCUCAAGAGGAAGAGAGGUACGGAAGUUCCCCUCCGUCCUCUUUACAGGGAUAUGAAUCACAGAAUGUAGAUUUGCAGUCUUGUGGAUUGGCCUCUCCCAUAUUUGGCCCAUUUCAGUCAUCCAGGAACCCAUCAGGUGACAACAUGCUUCCAUCUAGUCAAGGUGACAGAUCUUCUGAUCUUGAAGAGGGGAAUCAAGCUGAGAAGAUUGCUUCUUCAGGAGAAGAAAGAUGUCAGGGACAGCAGCAGGUACCACAGAAACUUCUGGAGUCAUCUUAG